UCAAAUCAAAGCUUAAUAUUAAGCAUAUUUUGUUUAUAAUGUGUAAUGACUGAUAUGGUGAAGGACAGUUGAAUAGCCGUGGAAGGAGUCUCCAGUGUCAGAACCUGGAGGUGGUGAGAGAAUGUGUUUACAGCUGCUAUAACAGGAGCUAAGAUAAAAAUAUCACUUUGAUUUGUUAAAAAAAUCACGAUGUGUUGCUCGUUAAUGCAUUAAAACUUGGCAUUGUUGGCAGAUUUCUAAGGUGCAACAGGAAUAAAACACUUCAGGAUGGAUUCUUUUCUUUAACCGCACACGCUGUAGUGUUUUAUUCCGUAAACCUUAUUUGAUACACAUUAAAAAAAAGUACAGAUGACUAUAUAAAUCACCAGCAGAUCACCCGAAACUCCAAACCUGCCAACCAAACAGUGAUGUAAUCAAGCAGAGGUGAUGAACUACGCAGCCUGUGGCAGCCAGGCGUAAUUAGACUGUAUGAUAUGUGGACAGAAAACGCUCUGAGAAGAAUCUGAGAAGCGAUCAAAGCUUUUUAUAGAGUCAGUGCAGUGAUUCAGAGGCAGUGAUGAGAAAGUGCUAAACAAAGCAAGGCAUUGAUAUAAUCUCUCUCCUCAAGGUCAGCAAGAGGGGAAUUUGAAAUGCCAUAAGAUAGGACUACAGAGUCGUGCUGGAAACAUAAUGAGACGGCGAAUGUGUGCAGGAGAGACGCUCGUAUAAGUGAGGUUAAUAGCAGGCAGUAAUGGCAUAUCGGCUUGUAGGAGGGAAACACAGGAAUCGACAUGAUUAGAGAGCGUGACCUGGCAUCCUCGGGAGAGCUGAAAAGUCCUGAUCUUGCAUACCAAGGAUCCAAGAGGGAAUCUCAGCUUCGCCAGACUCUCAAGGAACAUCCGUUGUGGAAAUUACUCUGAAAACUCUUCUUACUUUUGGAUUGGAUUGGAUUCUUUGCAGCCUUCUAUCUUCACACACUGUUUUUUUUUUUUUAGUUUAAUGAAAUCCUCCUCAUGGGAUAAAAUGUUUAGAGUUGAACUGUGAUUCACUUGAAGAAAAUGUUCUUAACCGACUGUCAGGUCUGUUUGAUUUGAGGAUUUGAAGAUAAAUAUGAUAUUAAGGCAUGCCGGCGUGCUUUUGAGACUUGCGAAUUGAAGAUUUUGGCAGAAUAACAAGCCUGACUUUCAAGGUUUUCUCACCUGAGGCUUGUGUCAUUGUCAAGGAUACGAUCAUGGUGAUGUCGCAGGGUACCUACACUUUCCUGGCUUGUUUUGCUGGAUUCUGGCUGAUUUGGGCCCUUAUUGUAAUGGUUUGCUGCUUCUGCAGCUUUGUGCAGCGUAAACUGAAGCGCCGGCGUGAGGAGAGGCUGAGGGAGCAGUGUCUCAGGGCCUUGGAGAUGGAGCCUUUGGAUUGUACAGGAGCACCGUACCCUCUGAGAGAACCAUCUCAGUUCUGUCCACCACCUCAAAUGAUGUCUCCACAGCUGCCAGUCACUCACACCAUUCCUCAAGGGAGCUGGACACCACCACCAGCUACCAUCCUCCCUGUGGAUAACGACGCCUGUGGGAAGCCGCCUUGCUACGAGGAGGCCGUUCUGAUGGAGGAUCCUCCUCCCCCUUACAGCGAGGUCCUUGCCGAUCCCAGAGGUGGAACGUACACCAAACCCGUACUGAGAUCCUCCAGGGAGCACCAGGACUCCGAGACCAGAAAGAUGGCCCCUGUGACGGUGUUUUCCGAGCGAGGCUAUUCGUCGCUCAUCCGCUUGCCCUCGGCCAGACGCUGGGACUCGCUGGACCACCUGCUCUCCAACGUGGACCUUAACCACUCAAGCAUGGCGCUGGAGCCGCAUGCUUCGGCCAUGGCCACAAUGCCCCGUGAUGGGCGUGUUCACAUGGACUUGGGUCUGCGUAGCCUUCGGCCUCUGGACCACAGCUACGGCCUGCCCACUGCUUUCCCUCUGCUGGGACGAAGCACGGCGGUGUGAACCGUCCUGUGGACCACUGUGUGACUUUUUCGAGGAAAAUCAUCAGCCCUUCAUGCAGGGUUUUUUUUCAGUGUGUGCGAUGAUUCAGUAAGAAAAGUUUCUCUGAAGGACUCUUUAUCUCUUCUUCUCAGGAUGAAGAAUAUGUAUGACAGAUGUAUUUCUCCAGCUCUUUUUUUUUCUUUCUUUCUUUCGCUGUGUGGCGUCCCUGCCUGAUGCAGAGCCGUAGCUAUUAUGUGAGCAUUGUUGCCAUGGUUCCUGGGCCUCUCUUCUUCCCUUUUUUUCCUCCUCGACAGCCUUGGACUGAUGUAACAUAAGCUGGAUUUGAAAUUCUGUUUUGUAAACUAGAUACAGCACAGGGCCACGGCAUAGCAAAACAUUCAUGGUCUGUACUGUAGCCAUAUCCAAGCCUGGGAGUCGGAGUGCGUCAGACCGGCGACUUAAACGAACAGCCGCUCGACUCUGAGCGUUAUUAAUGUUUUGUGAGAAGAUUCAUCACUCCUUCUGGCUUUCGUUCGACAUCUUUUUCAGGAAUUAGUUCACUUUGCAUACUGUACUGUUUAAUCAAACGAGGUUUCUUUUCUUCUUUACAACAUCAACGGGAUGGUUUUGUAAAAAAUAAUAAAUAAUGAUAGCGAUUAUAAUAAUAAUAAUAAGAAUCCUAAGCAACUAUCCUGGUGCAGUCUGACUCUCAGACGAGGUUCAUCAUGCUGCUCAAGCGUACAAAGUGUACUGUAUAAACUGUGAAAAAUGACCUUGCUGCUCUGACAAGGUAAUGAAAUGGUGAACUUUUUUUUUUUUUUGGAGGAUCUAGUCCAUAUAAAGGUAAAACGUUCUUCAGGAUAAUGGCACGCGCUACAAGAAGAAUUUGAACAGAACAAUUUGAUGAGCGUCUGGUGUCUUCAUUUGCUUGAAACAUCUCUUGUGGCUUUUAAUUCAUUAGCACAUGCGGGUAAAAAGAGAGACAGCCAUCGAUUUUUUUUUGUGUUUAAAAACUUUUAUACUGACGCAUUUUUCAUGUCCCGGUUUGUUUCCCAGACUGAUCACAUGGUUACAACGAAACCUCACUUAAAGAAUGUGAAUUAAAAUUCAGAAGCAUU